UAUUUCAUCUAGAUAACUAUCUAUCUGGAUGUCCAGGUUCUAUUUCCAAUGGGGACGAAUCCGCUAUGUGAGACUGUCCUGUGUUGGCUGAAUCACAAUAUGCUGACAACAUUCUGAUGUUUUUAUUCGAUUCCGACAGGCGGGACGAGCCGCUCAGUUCACUACCGAUACAGGCGUUGGCGGAACAAGUCGCUUUAUAUUCAAUUGAUUCAAUUUAAGUACCCAAUCUGAUCUUGAAUGAGGUCAAUAAACCUUUAACUUCACAGUACUAGUGUAUCCAUUGCAAGGAAACAGCUUAUUUUUUGUUUUGUGGAAUAUUCGAGAAAAUGCCAGAAGUCACGAUAACGAAGGAAAUCCAAAUAGGAGGCAACAACCCGUGUUUUAUAAUCGCUGAAGUCGGACAGAACCACCAAGGUGAUAUCGGAUUAGCUAAAGAGUUAAUUAAGGCAGCCAAAGAAGCUGGUGCCAAUUGCGUGAAAUUCCAAAAGACAUGCCUCGAAGAAAAGUUUACGAAGAAAUACUUGGAACGGCCUUAUGAUAACCGGAACUCCUGGGGCAAGACUUAUGGAGACCACAAGAGACACCUAGAGUUCUCACACAGCCAGUACAAGGAACUGUUCAAGUAUGCUCAAGAAGUGGGCAUCCUCUUCACAGCAUCUGCAAUGGAUAUUGUAUCAUUUGACUUCCUCGUGAAUCUUCAAGUGCCAUUCAUUAAAAUUGGCUCAGGGGACUCAAAUAACACGCUCCUGUUGAAGCAUGCGGCGUCGAAGAAACUUCCCCUGAUUAUUUCAACGGGUAUGGUGGACAAACGAGCCGUCAAAUUGAUCUACGAUACAAUAUCGGCUCAACACAAGCAAUUUUGCUUGCUACAUUGCAUAUCAGCUUACCCCGUACCUUACGAAGACUGCAAUCUCUCAGUACUCCAGGACUACAAAGAUACCUUUGACAUUCCGGUUGGAUAUUCAGGACACGAGUUAGGAAUUGCAGUCGCUUUAGGCGCAGUAGCAUUAGGAGCUAAAGUAUUGGAGAAGCAUAUAACCUUGGACAAGUCGAUGAAAGGAACUGACCAUGUUUGUUCUCUGACACCGUCAGAACUCGCUCAGCUGGUGAAAGAUGUGCGUAACUUUGAAUCAUCAUUGGGAAGUCCGAUCAAGAAAGUGGUCCCUUCGGAGAUUGCAUGCAUAGACAAGUUGCAGAAGACCCUAGUGAUGGGUAGUUUGAAGAGUAAAGGAGACUUAUUGUACCCAGGAGAUGUGAAAGUAAAGGUGGCUGAGCCUAAAGGAUUGAAUGCACUGCGCUUUGAAGACGUCAUCCAUAAAACUUUAUUGUGUGAUAAGAAGGAAGAUGAUCCGAUCUACGAAGGAGACUUCUGCUAAGUGUUAAUAAAACUAGUUGUAGGUCCCUUGUAAACAUAGACUUAGAAUGUAGUUUAGCUUUUGUUAAAAAUGUGAAUGAGUUGAAUGACUCUUAAAAUUGUCUUGUGGGAACUUCAUUAUACUGUUUAUUGAAAUUAAACCAUUUAAAUUACCCAAUUCAUUUAUAAAUCUUCAUCAAAUCCUUUCUAGCCGAAUGAUAAAAGACUAAGAUACCUUUUUCACCUGCUUCACGCAGAACUGGGACAUAACCUACCACCUUCUCAUAGUACUACAAACCUUUCGGUCAAACGGACCUAAGGGCCGAAUCAAUUUCAAUGUCCCGGUUCUGCCUACAUAUCUACUUACCUGCUUCCCACUUCCAUUGUGAGAUUUUUGUAUAAUAGCGGUUAUUACAUUACCGUAGGUAUCCAUCGGGAUAGAUGCGGCAAGGUCACAGUUACCAUGGUUACUUGCCACCAAAUCGCUCGAGAUCGUGGUUACCAUGGAACCUGUGACCUUGAAGCAUCUAGCCUAGAUUUAGCCCGACGGACAGAGCAAGGUAAUAACCGCUUAUGUGUGCCUGAGGUUUAGAUACAAAGAAUGUCUGAGGGACACCUUACUUAU